CGAAUUUAUGACACGUGGGAAACGAAAUUUCAUGGAAGAAAGUGAGACUCGAAAAACUGUAGAAAGACACUGAGCUUGUUCACCUCCAGUCAAUCUCUCGCCACUUCCGCUGCUCGCGUGAUGCAAUCACUGUUCAGAUUCAAGCAACGCGAGGAAGCCUUGGGGAGCAAGAUACUUCAGGAAACAGCAAAGGGGUUGGAAUAUCUCGCUUGCGAUAUGUGGACCAGCAGUUCAUGCAACAGAGUGCUCUUCAGCAGCUUGGUAUGAUGCAACAACACGCCUGGAGGCCACAGAGGGGGCUGCCUGAAAGCUCUGUUUCUAUUCUUCGUGCUUGGCUUACUACAGCACUUCCUUCAUCCCUGCCCAAAAGAUUCUGAUAAGAUCAUGCUGGCAAGGCAGAUGAGCUUGACCAGGAGGCAGAAUUGCCUAUGCAGAUGGGAUUCUUCAACUGCAGGAGCCAGUUUCAGAAAUGGGGCACCUGGUGAAACCCAAACUGAAUAUGGAAUAGUGAAAUUAAGCAGGGAGCAAGGGCCUGGUGCGGAAGAAUGCAGCAGCCUCUUCCCAGAUGGCAUCGUUCAAUCUUAUGGGGGCAGCGAUAGGCUCAUGGCAGCCCCCGCUGCAGAACAUCACAUGUCAGAGUUAGGGAGGUUCGGAAGUGGGACUGGGGUAUCCCUUCCAUUGGGGUUGCAGCAUUGCGAGGGAGGCAGCUUAUCCAUUUCCGGUGAAGGUCAUCACGGUUUUGCGGGUAUGGGAGAGGACGAUACGUACGACCCGCCCAGCAGCUUCUUCAGUGGGUACUGAAACGGCCACUUCCGGUAGCACAGACUCAGCUCCUCCCAUCUAUUACAUGAUUUUGUAGCCUGAUUACUGAUCCAUAUGGACAAAUUUUCAGAAAAGGAACCAAGCCUUAGCCCAUUCAUCUUGCUUGCUUGCUUGCAAAUGCUGAAAAACAAGAGCCCGAUAGCCCCUGAUUUUCUGAAUAUUGAGAUAUAUCAAACACAGUUGUAACAUUAAAACAUGGAAUCGAUUGGAAAGUUCGUUUUAUUUGUAAAGAUGAGACGCAUAUUUUUUGUUUUAAGUGUAUUGUUUAAGGCAAUUUGUACAAUUACUUCAACUGUUAUUGAAGAAAAGAUAUUUGAAUUAAAA